GGUUAUGCGUGGCCCUUCUAUAAACCAGUGGACGCUGAUCUCCUUGGGUUGUCAGAUUAUCACGAGAUCAUCAAACACCCCAUGGACUUGGGCACCGUUAAGAAUAAAAUGGAUAACCGAGAGUACAAGAAUGGUGCAGAGUUUGCAGCAGAUGUUAGAACAAUAUUUACCAAUUGUUACAAGUAUAACCCUCCUGAUCAUGACGUUGUAGCCAUGGCCAGAAAAUUACAAGAUGUUUUUGAAAUGAGAUAUGCCAAAGUGCCCGAGGACGAGCCAUUUGAAAUUCACCCAGCCACAGACUCCGAAGAAUCUGAUAGUGAAAGUGAAAGCGAAACAGACGACUCGGAGGAUGAGAGAGAAAGAAAGUUAGUUCAGCUUCAAGAGCAGCUACGACAGGUGCAGGAACAGAUGAAGGUGGGUCUUGAUUCUUUGUUGGUAGAAGAAUCACUAAGAAGAGGGAAAGAAAAGAAGAAAAAGACUAAAAAGAAAAGUAAAGAUCGGGAAAAAAUGCUUGCAGAGCUACCAAACAUUGCCGUGACUUCAGCGCCCAUAGUAAACCAGAACACACCAACAGCAGCUCCAGCGGUUGUUUCUUCCACUGUAGUGCCACCCGCUGUUCCACCUCCCGGCCCAGUUCCUCCUAAACCUAAGAAAAAUAAAACUAGUAAUAACAAACAAAAAAGACAAAGGUCUAAUGCUAGUAAAUCGAAGAAAAAGGCUGCUGGUGGUGCUCCAGGGAUGGUGUUUGAUUCUGAAGACGAGGACAAUGCCAAGCCCAUGUCUUAUGAUGAGAAGAGGCAGCUUAGUUUAGAUAUUAAUAAACUUCCUGGUGAUAAACUAGGAAGAGUGGUGCAUAUCAUCCAGACUAGAGAACCUUCGCUAAGAGACUCUAAUCCAGACGAAAUAGAAAUUGAUUUUGAAACAUUAAAACCAUCAACGUUAAGAGAACUAGAAGCUUAUGUUGCCUCUUGUCUUCGCAAGAAACCUAAAAAAGUUUAUACUCGUCCCGAAAAGAAGAAUGUCCAGUCAAAAAGUAAAGAAGAAUCCAUGGCAGAAAAGAAGCAGGAACUCGAAAAGCGGUUACAAGAUGUCACAGGACAGCUGGGAAAUCCCCCAGUACCCAAGAAGACGCCGAAGAAAGAAGAUAAUAAAAGUGUUGAUGUGGUUGGAGGAGGCACAUCACGUCUAACAGAAUCUAGCUCCUCCUCUUCAGACAGUGAUUCAUCUUCAUCAUCAUCAUCAUCAUCAUCUUCAGAUUCCUCAGACUCAGAAGCAGGUUAGAUGUGCAUUUCUCACACUUCGAAACAAAACAUUUUUGUAUCAUCGUGACCAAUAUUGUUAUGUCAGUCAGCUGAUAUAUUUUUCUCAUUUUUUAUUCAUUUGUACAUAGUCAGUUCAUUCCUAGUGUGUCGGAUAAGCCAUGGCACAUGAACUUAUUUAUAUUUAUAAGUUAAGCUUGGGGCUGUGUGGUUCCUACCAAGCCCUGAACAUGACAGUGCUGCCUUUCACAACUUUUUUUAUACAACUGUUCUCACAACUAUUCAUUUUCUUUUUAUACUCCUCCAUUGCUUGUAUUCUUGGUCUUAAUUCGCUUCACUGUCUAUACUCUAUUUUACUUUGUCUUAGAAAGUUUAAUAUUAUUAUGUUAAUGACUUGUCUCUCCCCACCACUGUGGACACAAGAACAAGGCACAAAGAUUGUACUGUAAGGAUCAGGCCAGAGUGCAGGGAUGUGUUUAGGGGUCAGCGAGUUUGUGCACUGGGAUGCGAUGUGGAGCUGUUGGUUGGCAGGAGCGAGGUCAGACUGGUUUACACCUACACAUGGCAGACAAUGUGAAUGGUGGCUUAUUGCUCACUGUUUCACUUGCAACUGAGUGCCAGAGAAGGUUGAAUAAAAAUGGGUUGGGAUUGUUGUAAGGGAAAUAAAGGGGUAGAGGUUUGUUGCAUUACCUCUCUCUUGUUUGUAUCAGUUCAGUAUGUUGUUUUUCAUUAGUUGUGUUGGGGCCGCAAAGUUUGUUAUUGUUCUGCUGUCACUGCCUUGGACCAAGUGAGCACAUGAUGGUGCCGGCUUGCUGGCCUCCAACACAUUGUUUGCACUCGCUGGCUUCAUGUGGUCUGGAUCCAUAGGCCACAAGGUAUCAUCACAACCCCACUGCAGAAGACACUCAACCCUGCCACUCAACUUGUAGCUACUCGGUGUUCAAGUCUUGUGUUGCAGUGGCAGACAUGUUGAUACCUUGUUCUGCGGUGGAAGGGGUCUAGCUUGUCAGUACCUGAGAGCGGGAGGAGCUAAUAAAAGACUUGUAAUGUUGGCUAAACCUUCCUUCCACCUUAGUGCAGUAACCUCUCAAAGAGUGAGUGUUUGAAUGAGUGCAAAAGUAAGAGUGAGGAUGUUAGCAGACUGCUGUACCUGCUUGAACACCAAUAUUGAAAAACAUGGUGCAUCAUAAUUCCAAUACUGUGUAACUGUAAAGCUCCAUCUGAAAAUAGGCUUAAGUUCAUUAUUUAAAGAAUUUGUACUUUCACAAUAUUUUUUAUUCCACAAAAAUAAAUUUAAAUUUUGUAACCUUAGGUGAUGCUGUGAGAUAAUAUAAGGAUUGUAAUGAUUCUCCAUAGAUGUAAGAGCAGGAAUUUGCUGCUAUCGCAUCUAUUAGGUCUAGUUUAUCUUGUGUAUUUAGGUGCGUUUGCUUCAUUUCCAGUGAGCAAUAAGCUAUCAGUUGAACAUUGCCAUGCGUUAUUGUGAGCCCGUGGCCAGACCACCAAUGUACAUAAAAACUAAGAAAGUGCUAUGUACUCCUCCUGGUGCAUCACUGUCAACUUAACAUGUGUUUGUGUCUUUAUUAGCAGAUACAAAUGUUGUAUUAUAAAAAAUAAACAAGUCAUCCUUCUAAUUAAAUUUUUCCUUGUCCCAUGUUGUCCCCUGGACACAGAUUGCACUCUGGUGAUCCUCAUAUAACACAUACACACGAACUGGUGCUUGUGGAUAACUUUAUUUUAUCUUUUAUGUUUCCUGUGUUAGAGUAGGUUUUCUCACACACCGACACCUGCAGCAUGCUGUACCAGAUGGUAAGUGUAAAUAACACACAGUGUCAGCUCGACAUGCAGAUUGCUAUGAAACAUUUAAAAGGCAUUAGAAAAUUUUUAACUGAUGCCCCAGGCAUUAUUUAAUUCUUUAUAUAUGUGACCAGUUUCUGCAAUGAAGAUUGACCACAUAUAGGGUGUUCCAGAAGUCUAGACCUGUUAAGUAUGCAAUUUAUACCUAAUUAAUCUGUUACUCAAACUGAAUAUCGUUAACAUUCAUAAACAUUAAUUAUGUCACAAUUUUUCUUUAAAGUUUGUUGAGCUUGGCCCAUGGCCAGGCUCUUGAGAGUAGUUAAACUCUCGAAACUCUUCAAGGGUAUAUCAGAGAUGAAACACUAAUAAGGGAGCAGCAUUCUCUGUGUUUUCCUUCAAUGCUUCAAUACUGUUUGGGUCGAGUGUUUUCUAACACCCUGUAUAUUAACUUCAAGACGACCAAUUGACCUGAGACUCCAUUGAUGUCUGCUCUUCAAGGUUUCAGCCACCCAUGAAGUACUGCCGAUAAUGAUGGGUAUUUACAUCACCUAAUAAUGAAGUGAAACUAUUAUUCAGAAAAAAUGAAGAAUCAUACAUGUGCUGAACUUCUAAAAUAUUUUUAAUUCGUGAAUUAUUUUUCUGUCUACUUUUUUUGUGUGCUGAUACAUA